AUGGAUGAGCUGCAGGAUGUUCAGCUGACAGAGAUCAAACCACUCCUCAACGAUAAGAACGCAGCUCGCAACUUCCAGGACUUCGACUGUCAGGAACAUGACAUUGAGACCGCUUUCGGAGUGGUGCAUGUCACCAUGCGGGGCACAGCCAAGUGGAACAGACCUGUCAUCCUUACAUACCAUGACAUUGGCCUCAACCACAAAUCCUGUUUCAAUGCAUUCUUUAACUUUGAAGAUAUGCAAGAGAUCACUCAGCACUUUGCUGUGUGCCACGUGGAUGCACCAGGCCAGCAGGAAGGAGCCCCCCCCUUUCCCUCUGGGUACCAGUAUCCCAGUAUGGAUGAACUGGCUGAGAUGCUGCCUGCUGUUCUGAUGCACCUGAACCUGAAGAGCUUCAUUGGGAUUGGAUUGGGAGCUGGUGCUUACAUCCUCAGCAGGUGUGCACUCAGCCACCCCGACCUGGUGGAGGGACUGGUUCUCAUUAACAUUGACCCAUGCGCCAAGGGCUGGAUCGACUGGGCAGCAUCCAAGUUUUCAGGCUGGACAACCAACAUAGUGGACAUUGUCCUCGCACAUCAUUUUGGCCAUGAGGAGCUGCAGGCAAACCUAGAUCUGAUCCAGACAUACAGACUGCACAUCGCACAGGACAUCAACCAGGACAACCUGCAGCUCUUCCUCACCUCAUACAACAGCCGUAGAGACCUGGAAAUUGAGAGACCAGUCCUUGGCAUCAACGAAAACACUGCAAAAACACUCAAGUGCCCUGUCUUGCUAGUGGUUGGUGACAACUCCCCUGCAGUGGAAGCAGUGGUGGAAUGCAAUUCACGUCUUGACCCAACCAAAACCACCCUCCUGAAGAUGGCUGACUGCGGGGGCCUGCCACAGGUGGUUCAGCCUGGCAAGCUGACUGAAGCCUUCAAGUACUUUGUGCAGGGAAUGGGCUACAUGCCCGCAGCCACCAUGACCAGGCUGAUGCGCUCCCGCACCCACUCCUCCUCCAGUGUCGGCUCUGGCGAGAGCGGCCGCAGCCGGUCCCAUACCAGCAACCAUGGGGAUGGAAGUGCUGGGACCCCAGAAGGAAUCGACCUCCAGGAUGCAUCUCAAACCAUGGAAGUAUCCUGUUAGGCAGGAGCCCCUCCUCUGGAUUCAGACAGCUCCACUCACCCUCACCAACCCCACUCUGAAUCUAGCAUUUCAACCAUGGCAUUAACUGUUCUCUCUAA